AUGUCAGACAUAGAAACUAGAUUGGAGGACAUGCUGUUUGACUAUCAAACUACUUACAAAACCGAUUACCGUCAUGGUCAGAUUCGGGCUCCUGUCUUCACAAAAUAUGAGGAAAAGCCCAAAUGCCUGAGUAUAAGGCCUCCGCCUUUGAAAGACGUCCACACACUGACUCCUUGGAAAACUGCGCCGGUUCCGUUUAGUUUAUGGCAUAAACCACAUCCGAUUCUACGUAAGGAUCCCAAUAAAGUUCAGGAGCCUUAUGUAAAACAGCCGGACACAGAAUUAGCCCAGGUAAUAAAAACGCGGCCCCGCGUUGUGAUGACUCCAGCAGUCAGCGUGGAUGACAUCGAGUGUGCCGAAUCGAGGGCAAUCCUAUGCGACGCCAUGUACACCAGUACUGUCGCAAGGAUGAACAGGGAGGCAGUUCCUGAUUACGUCAAUAUGAAAGCGCCGCUGUCUCCCUUACCCGCACCAGCUAAUCCGGUGACAUUGCCGCGCCUACGUCAUCCCUACGUGUCUCCCGAAUGGAGGAUGGACACAGUGUCCUGGGACAAACAACAGCUGAGGAGCUACUGUGACCCGACCAAGGAGUUCUGGCUGCGGCAUAAAUUGACCCCGUAUAUUGAUGAGCGUCGUGGUGACCCAGAGGUUAAGACGCUAAAGGUUGAGCGUGAGGUUCGAAAGGGUUCGAAACCUUACAAGUGA